AUGGACUACAAUGCUGCACUUCCGCCUCUCUCUGCGUUCUCUCCAUCUGAAGAGAAGUACAAGCUCCUCAAGAAGAGAAUGAAGGAGCUCCUACAGGCAAAUGACGAUUUGACCGAAAGGCUACAAAGGAGCAAGGCAAAGAUCUCCCUCCUGGACCGCUUGUCUGUCUACGAGCCUGUCACAGCCUCAGAACAAGAAUCCCAGAGUGACGAAUCGAGUCAAGGUUCUGAUCAGGACAUGGAAGAUGAAGAGCUUGCAAUUCCUGUUCAAAAACCUCGAUCCGCGCGACAAAAACCUGCACCAGAACCUUACAGUCAACCGGCCCUCGUCCCUCAAAAUACUUUAACUGAAGGGCCAGUGUCCGAUGCAGCAGCCAUACCGCCUACUACUAGAAAAAGAAAGACAACCUCGUCGAAAGGUGCUGCACCAAAAAGGACUCCUGCUGCCAAAAAGCCACGUGCUCCUGCUCAAUCUAGAUCGAGGAAAAUUCAAGUAGUCAACUUUGAUGAUCAGGGGCACGUUAUACUGCCUAUUCAAGCUGGUGUCGUAACGGUACAUGCUCUAGGUACCAUUGUGUUCGAUCGGGACAACUUUCAUAAUGAGAGAUACAUAUUCCCUGUCGGAUUCACCUCGUCAAGGGGUUACGCUAGUAUGGUAGACCCUGAAAAGCAAACUGUAUAUACUUCCUCUGUAGUAGAUGGUGGAGACGGGCCGAGAUUUCAGGUCGUUGCUGAAGACGCACCAGAUAGACAAUUUGUUGCAGUCUCGCCAACUGGAGUAUGGACUGCUGUCAUGAAGGCUGUGAAUGCUGCACGACAAAAAGAACAUACAAAUUCAGUAUCGGGACCAGAUUAUUUUGGAUUUACGCAAUCAACGAUAGCUAAACUCAUUCAAGAAAUGCCAAACGCAAAUCUGUGCAAGAAUUACAUACAGCAAGACUUUACUCAGCCUGCCUCAAAACAGACACGACCACGACGUGGCAAAGGAAGGAAAAAGGAAGAUGAUGAAAGUGCAGCAUCCAUAACGGUAGACGACUUGAAGGAGUCUGUGAUUAGUACAGGACGAUCUACUCCAAUAAAUGAAAUGGACACGGACGAAUUCGAAGAAACCACCAAAUCUACUCCAGCUCGUAUCAUCAAGCCAGUGGCCGUCCAUGCCGAUAAUCAUACGUGGGUAAUGCCACAGCCAUAUACAACACCGCAGAUCGCCCAAUCACCACGACCUCUCAGUCCACCAAACCAUAACGGCCGUAUGACUCAAUCUCCCUAUCCCUCAUCAUAUCCACCACCACCACAACAACCGCAAAAUGUAUAUCAAGAGCAGCGUAUGUCUGUGCCACCCACCAAUCAGCCUCAUCAACUGCAACAGCAACAGCACAUGCCGCCAGUAGCACAUCCGCCUCAUACACCGAUAACUUCAACUCCUACUUCAGCUCCCCAUUCAACCCAACCUUCGCCAAAUCCAUCAAGUCAUCCGCCACAACUUCAACAACAGUAUGGUGGUGAGGUACAGAGUAACAAUAAUAAUAAUAAUAUCCAACAACAACAACAACAGCAGCAUUCUAUACAUCCCAAUAUGCAACAACAGCUGCAUCAACAAUUACAUCAACAGCACAUUCAGCAGCAGCCGCAGCACUUUAUGGCAUUACCACCUAUAACAUCAAUCUCUAGUCAGUCUCCCAGUCCAAUGGGAAUUGAAUGGCAAAACAACUCGGGCCCACGUUAUUAUCAUGCAGGAGAUCGUGCUGGUAGUCACUCUCGUGAGGUGUCUCGCGAGGUGGAAUUGACGAAUAGUCCAAAACCAAGUCCUAUGGCCCCUGCAGACUAUAAUUGGGAAUGGCCUGCAAAUUUAGAAGCUAUGAAUAGACCAGGAAGUGCUGGUGGACUGCCACCAAUACAGAGGCCAGCACCCAGUAUGGGACAACCUCCUCGGAGCCUUCAGCCAUCUCCUCCACCACCACAAGUCUUCCAAUAUCCAACUAAUUAUAAAGGCCCGAUUAUGCAGCAACAGCAACCACAGCCAUUCCCGCCAACAUACCUUUCUCAGCACAUGUCGCCCAUGCAACAACAGCCACCGCAAUUUUAUCAACAACAACCACCAGGAAACUACGCCCAGUAUAAUAGUUAUGAAAGCUAUGGGAGAAACCGCCAUCCCAGUGGUAGUGAUCAGAGCGAAAACGAGCAGAGCGGGGAUCCACAACAGCAGCAGCAAUAG